AUGUUCCCCGCUGCUGUGCUUCGUAUUGCACUGCUCAUCCUAGUGCCGGUGUCCUUUAUCCUUUCCAGCUAUCUUUAUCUCUAUCCCAUCUUCCACCUCUGCGCGUUUCCUUCCCCUGAGCAUGCAGCGACAUCGUCGUUCUCAACCACCGUUCGACAACACAUCCCUUUCUCACGGCAUGACCCCAAGAAGAUAGCGCCUUUCAGGCUACUGGCAUUGGGAGACCCACAGCUAGAAGGGAAUUCUCCAUUACGCGAUCGGCAAGCCCAAACUUUCCCAAACUUUUCGAAAUUCUGGAAGGAUGCUUUACUCCUCGAUGGGACGAGACACAAUCCUCUGCAACGGGUCCGGCACAGCUUGCACGAUCUGAUUGACUUCUACCUCGACGAUAUCCCCAGCUUUUUUGAACUCUUCCGCAAACGACUCGACCAUAUUGGUAACGACUACUACCUGGGGCACAUUUACCGAACGUUAAAUUGGUGGGCGGACCCUACCCAUGUUACGGUCCUCGGAGACUUGGUUGGAAGUCAAUGGAUAGAUGAUGAAGAGUUUGAGAAUCGGGGAUGGCGAUACUGGAAUCGAGUCGUUCGGGGUGGCGUGCGCGUCCCUGAUGAGCUUACCACGCAACCCUCGGAGGCCUCUAACAGCGCCAAAAUAUUAGGUGACGAUGCUGCAGCUUGGAAAAAGCGGAUCAUAAAUGUGGCUGGGAAUCAUGAUAUUGGAUAUGCAGGAGAUCUCUCGCCAGCUCGAAUGGAGCGAUUCGUUCGAGUAUUUGGAAAGGCAAAUUACGAGCUUCGAUUUCAGAUGCCGGUUGAUCACGCUUCUGCAACCCAGGAAAACGUGGAAAAUGUGGAAAAUGACGAACGAAAACGCCCAGUUCCAGAAUUGCGUAUUAUUGUGCUCAACGACAUGAAUCUCGAUACGCCUGCAUCUUCAAAGGAACUGCAAGACGAGACAUACCAUUUUCUUAACGAAGUUAUUACCGCUUCCCAAGAUGUUAGUCGACCGGCCCACUUCACCUUGGUGCUGACCCAUAUUCCACUUUAUAAGAAGGAGGGUAUUUGUGUCGAUGGUCCCUUUUUCUCUUUCUUUAACGGCCAUUUCGACAAUGGCAUUCAAGAACAAAACCACUUGUCUCGAGAUGCUUCAAAAGGGUUCUUGGAAGGAAUAUUUGGUAUGAGCGCAGCCACGGACGCUCCCGGCCAGGGUUUUGGGCGCCAUGGGCUCGUUAUUAAUGGGCAUGAUCACGAGGGAUGCGAUAUUUAUCAUUAUAUCAACCAAACCGCUCCACCAGAACAAGAAUGGCUAGCGAUGCGAUGGAAGGACGCGCAUUCCUCUCGACUGGACGAAGAGCCCGGUGUCCCUGGAUUGAGGGAGAUUACCGUGCGCAGCAUGAUGGGCGGUUUCGCUGGGAAUGCUGGCUUACUUAGUUUGUGGUUUGACGAGGAGACUUGGGAUUGGAAUUUCGAGUUCGCGAAUUGUGGACUGGGGACGCAACACAUUUGGUGGUUGGUGCAUAUUUUGGACCUAAUCACGUUGGCUAUCGGCAUUGUGUAUUCUGUCAUGGUGGGUAUUCGGAGUAUGAUACCUGUGGAAGAUCCAGUGUUUAUGAUGGAACGCAUGGGCAACGGCAAAGUCACGAUGUUGAAGAUAGAGACCGCCACAGAGGGCAAGGGUGGUAAUGGCAAUGAAAUAACGGUGGCAGGGCUCAUGCCAACCAGUGGUAAAUUGGAUGUACCUGGUGCAGGGAAGAAGAGUUUGCGAAAGAAGAAGAGUGGAAGGAUUUUGAACGGGACUUUAAACGGGAGUAGUCCGCCUCGAUAA